ACGUUUCUUUUCUAUUAACAAUUUUAUUAAAUUAAAGUGUCAAUUGAUGACGAGGACAACUUUUAAUUCGUAAAAUUAAGAAACUUCAUUGUGAAAAUAUUAAUUAUUGUCUUUUGUUUUGAAUUUAUUUGAGAUUGAACUUUGACUUCAAAAAUGAAAAUCAAAGAGUUGCAAAAAACAGUAAACAUUGCUUGGUCACCAGCACCUCAGCAGCCAAUUUACUUAGCUACCGGAACAGCAGCGCAACAAUUUGAUUCUAACGCUGCAUCGGUAUUAGAAAUCUACUCGACAAAUUUCAGUGAUCCAAGUUAUGACUUGGAAUUAAUUACUUCGUUAAGCAGUCAAUACAGAUUUCAGAAGUUGAUAUGGAGUCCGACAGGCUUUGGAUCCGCUCACCGCAAUGGUUUAUUAGUCGGAGGUUGUGAAGGAGGUCAUGUUAUGAUCUAUUCUCCGGCAAAGAUGCUGGCUGAAGAGGACGGUUUAAUAGCUCGUCAGGAUAAACACACUGGUCCAGUGCGCGGUCUAGACUUCAAUCCUUUCCAAAGUAAUUUGCUUGCUUCUUGCGCCUCUGAAUCCGAAAUAUUCAUAUGGGAUUUAAAUAAUACUGCAACUCAUAUGAAUCCCGGCACAAAAACAAUGCCUCUGGAUGACGUUAAAAAUGUGGCUUGGAAUCGACAAGUUCAGCAUAUCUUAGCUUCCGUUUUCUCCACACGUUGUGUUAUUUGGGAUUUGCGAAAAAGUGAGCAAAUUAUCAAACUUUCUGACACGCAGUCACACGUACGUUGGCAUGCUAUACAAUGGCAUCCGGACAUGGCUACCCAAGUAUGGUUGGCAUCUGAAGAUGACCAGGCUCCCGUAGUACAACUAUGGGAUUUACGUUAUGCUACUGCGCCAGCGAAAACUAUGCAAAUUCACCAGCGCGGCGUUCUGGGAAUGUCGUGGUGUCCAAGCGAUACCGACUUGAUGGUUUCCUGCGGGAAGGAUAAUCGAAUUUAUUGUUGGAAUCCGAAUACGCCAAUAAUCGAAGGUGAAAUACUCUCAGAAGUCGCCACCACAGCCACAUGGUAUUCCGAUGUUCAAUGGUGUCCAAGGAAUCCGGCUUUAAUAGCCUGCUCGAGCUUGGACGGUAAUGUGUCGAUUUAUUCCUUGUUUGGCGGAACACAACAACAAGUGCAAACUUCUAAUAAAAUUGCCGAUUCUUUUCCGGGUAUGGAUCAGUUUGCCAACGUUCCUAUACCUCAACAAUGUACGCCCACAAUUUAUAACGAUUUAAAAUACGCUCCUAAAUGGAUAAAAAAACCUGUUGGCACAACGUUUGGAUUUGGCGGAAAACUCGUUUCUUUCAAUAGCAAAAAUAAGACUGUAACUGUUUCGCAAGUUACCACAGAACCUAAAUUAGUGGAAAGAGCGAGGGCUUUAGAAAAAUCUCUAAGCGAGGCAAAAUUUUCUGAUUAUUGUCGACAAAAAGCCGAUCAAAUGCCUGAUCAGAGUGGCCGUUAUCUGUGGUAUUUCAUUAAGGCUAAUUUUGAACGCAAUCCCAAAGAGGAAAUUCUUAACUUACUGGGUUUCAAUAAAGAAGACAUUGAUGGGAAAUUUGCCAAAUACGUGGCAAUAGAUGCUAUAAGUCAACUGUCACAGGAUGUUGAGCAAAUUACUAACCGUGUUAGUCAUCUAACACAUAGCCCUCAAGUCGACCAGGCGGCGAUGUUUGAUGAUAUAAUUGCACGGAAAAACAAUGACAAGAGCGACGUGCAAAAGCCUUUGACACAAUUCAAAAUACCCAUUGGAGAGCACCCCGAUAGCCUUAUUACCGAAGCUCUACUAACUGGUAACAUUGAAGCUGCUGUACAACUUUGCGUAGAUUCGAAGAGAAUAGCGGAAGCGUUAAUUAUAGCUUCGACCGCUGGCAUAGAUUUUUUGACUAAAAUUCAAAACCAUUAUCUUCAAGAGCAGAAGAAUGAACUCUCUCAGGUCAUAUCGGCUGUAGCGACAAGUAAUUGGAUGAAUUUUAUCAACAGUUGUGCUAUAGAAUCAUGGAAAGAAGCUUUAGUGGCUGUUCUGAAACAUGAUGAACGCAAAGCUAUAAAUAUUUGUGAACGUCUGGGUGAUCGCUUGCUAAAGGAAUGCUCGCACAGCCCCGAAUGCACUCGCAGUGCCAUGCUUUGUUUUGUUUGUGCUGGCAAUAUCGACAAACUGAUCGAUUCCUGGCAUCAUUUGAAGCGAUUGGAGCACCAAAAUCCCCAACAUAAAUUGAAUACGGAUGAACUGCAAGAAUUGGCCGAAAUUGUUAUGCUAAUGAACAAAUCGUUGGAGGAGCAAGGUGUUGCGGUAGAAAUAAAUGGUGAGAUGGCCGAAUUUUUAACCGAAUAUGCCGGCUUAUUGGUCGCACAAGGAGCAUUCACGACCGCCUUAUCAUAUAUGUUAGAAAUCAAAGCGUCCGCCAUGAAUUCAGAAAUAGACGAUUUGCGUCAAAGAAUUUUCAAUAUUGUGCAGCCACAAUCUAAAGCUAUUGCUCCAAAUUUCAAUUUGCCACAGCAACAAUCACAAAAUACUUACCAAGUGCAGCAGCAAUCACAAAAUAACUACCAAGCGCAACAACAAGUACCACAGUUACAACAACAAUCUAGAGGAAAUUUUUCCAAUUCCACGCCAAUAAAUAAUAUGAAUUUCCGUAGUGAUGCGCCAACUUUUCCGGCACAAACAGCUUGGAAUGCGAAUGCGAUUAGUAACAAUAUGCCACCACCAGCAGGAUCGUCUGUCCCAUUUAAUCCGCCUGUUGUAGGUAUGCCAACACAUAUAAAGCCACUCAAUAAUGCUGAAAUGCCUCAGCCACCACGCCCCGUCAGUGCUGCCAGUUCGCAAGAUGGUAGCAGUAGAAGCGGAUUGCACUCACGUUUCAAAUAUGUUUUAGAUCCUUCGGUGGCAGCAGCUGAUACCAUGGCUGGUUAUGGUAAUUCUUACAAUGCACCACCACUAAAUAUGCCCGUUCAAAAUUACAAUGUAACACCUUUGAAUAGCCAACCAAUGGGUGCUUUACCAAUGCAAAGCGCAUAUAAUCCUACGCCUUUUUCUAAUUCAAACAACUCUUAUAUGCCUAGUACGUUUCCCGUUGAAACGGCUGCUUUAGCAACCUCACCGCCAGGUCUUUCACAACGUAAUCCCACACCUCCGCCUGGCUGGAACGAUCCUCCCGCUCUAAAAUUCAACGCACAGAACUACUUCUAUACAAAUACGAAAAACGAGAUGUAUGCGCAACAUGCGGGUACACGUAAAUGGCAAAAAAUUAUCAAUCAUGAUUUGCAGAAUAAGAAAAGUAGCGAUAUCACGAAAACUUCUUUAGAUUCUAAUAAUUAUAACUAUAACGUCUUCUCUCCUACCGUUAAUACCUCGUUGCUUAACCAGUCUUCUCUUUGGCAACAGCAGAUUCCUAACAUGCCUCCAAUACAACAUUCAUCGAUGUUGUCAUCGGCGGAGCCGCCACAGGGCAUAGUGAAUCAAACUUGGGCCGGCGUUUCUGCGCUCAACAAUAAUCAAACACAACAGCAACCAUAUAAUUUUCAGACUGCGGGUUCGGUAGGUAAUCAACUACCAAACCAAAAAUGGCAAUCUCAGCCAAAUAUUGGAUAUAAUGACGACCAGUUGCAACAACAACAGCAGCAACCUUUAACAAAGCAAAUAACUAAAGAGAAGCCCCCACUUCCCGAAGAAUAUAUUUAUUUGCAAAUGGUAUUGGAAGAACUCAAAAACCAAUGUCUUCAUAAAGCCACUGAUCCGCGAACUAAACGUAAGUUUGUGGAUGUGGUUAAACGCUUGGAAAAUUUGUAUGAUUGCUUACGCGACGGCAGAUUAACUACAGCGACCGUACAGUCACUCAACCAAAUUGUGCAAUUUAUACAAAUCGGCGAUUAUGGUAACGCCUUGCAAACUCAUACUCAAAUUGCUUUCGGUUCAGACUUUUCGCAGUGUGCCGGUUUUAUGCCUGGCCUUAAGGUGCUCAUACAGUCAGCUAACGAGUUGCAAGUUUAUUUGCGGUAGACUUAUUUUUAUUUGUAAUUUUUAUUAUUCAAAUCCGUUUGCAAUAUGAUUUCGUUAAGGCUUGAAAAAUUGUUUUUUUUUUCCUUUUCUACAAGAGAAAUUUGAACCGUGUUUCAAAACAUAUAAAUUUUUAAGUUUUUAUUUUGUUUUUUGUUCUACUGUAACUAUCCUGAAUUAUAAUCACCUCUUAAUAGUUUGUAAUCUUACUGUCAAAGUGAAUUUCAGUGUUUGUUUCUUAUCGGAAUUAUCAACGCAUGUUAACUCAUAUUUUGAACGAAUUCGUUGUUUAACGAUUAUACUAAUAAAAACUAAAAUAAAAAUC